UACAUCGAAGAGAGCAAAGUUAAAAGAGCGAUGAGAAGUGGAUGUUUUUUAUGUGUUACAGUCUGAAAUGUUUCAUAUUUUAUCAUUAUACAGCAUUAUUACGAAGGGAUAAAGCAAUUAAUCUGUGGAAAAGUCAUAUAAUGGAAUGUGUACCGGUGUGCAGUAGUUGAUCCCCCCCAGCGCUGCUCUUUGGAGAUCUUCUUGUUUGGGAGCAGCAGACCAACAGGCAGCAUGGACAUGGAAGACUUUCCUCCUCCACCUCCUGAAAUGUUGGCAGAUGGCAUCCCGCCUGAAUAUGAAGAAGAGGGAGAGGCCUUCGACUUUGAUGACAGUGGCGAAGAGAUCCCUGAUGCUCCGCCGGCUCCGCAGGACUGCACAAGCAAGGAUCAGAGCCAGGACACCUCUGUGACUCAUCCCCCCCUGUUGGACCCCCCAGCACCUUCCUCCACAUCUAACGCAGCUCCACUAUCAGCAGACACAACAGUUCUCACAAGCAGAUCCUCCUCAGCAGGUGAAACAACAACAACAGCAGCAGCCGAGGGGACAUCUGCUGCAGCGGAGGCUAAUGAAAGGGAGAAAGAUUUACCGCCACCGCCACCUUUACUCGCUCCUCUUGAUGUUAUCAACAUACAGACAGAUCCUGCAACCACAGGCUUUGAAAGCCAGAAUGCAUCCAUGAAUGAACCUCCCCCUCCGCAGGCCAUCCCACAGAGCUCCUCCCAGGGCAAAGUCAACCCCUACUCCGUGAUUGACAUCAGUCCCGUCCCACUGCAGACAUCUGAGCAGCAGCAUGAGUCCUCCUCUUCUACUUCCUUGCAAAUGGAACCAAACGAACAAGAGGGAGGAGGCCAGGAUCUCCACACAAGUUCUCCUGGCAUUACUUCAGGAUAUUCAGUGCCAGUGCCAUAUGACUAUGCAACCCCCUCUGGUGUACCGCUCAUCACACCAACCUACACCACACCUGUCAUCAUUCGACAUCUCUCUGUGGAUGAAGAGGUGACAGUUUCAGGGACCGGUCAUACCUCUGCUGACAGUGUCUUCAGUGAAGAGAAUCCUACUAUUACAGAAGAGGAUGCUUUAGCUAAAUGGGCGUCAGAUCCUGCCAACACCGCAUGGAUGGAAAAUCCUGAUGAAGUGAUCUACGAUGACGUGCCCAAUGAGAACUCUGACUCCAACACAGAUCCAGAUGAGAUGAUCUAUGACGAUGUGGAGCUGGGCGAGGAGGGCGGCUGCAGUAGCUCCCUCGACAACGGCUGGAGCUCCAGCGAGUUUGAAAGCUACGACGAGACCAGUGACGGGGAAGGUCGUUCUGAGAACGGAUUACCCCACGCCUUCAUGAGAGGAAAACCACCCCAGAGGAAGACCCAUCUGUCUCAAGAUCUGACACGCUUGAAAGAGCACUAUGAGAAAAAGAUGAAAGAUCUAAUGGCAAAUACAGUGGGAACAGUAGAGCUGCAGCAGCUAAAACAGAAACACGAGCAGAAGAUGCAAAAGCUGGUGAAGGCUGCAAAGGAAGGGACCAAAGAUGGGCUUGAGAAAACGAAAGCUGCAGUGAAGAAGGGCCGUUCUUUCAUCAAAACCAAGUCCUUCUAUCAUGAGAGAAAGUCAGCCUGUUUUGAGGAUGAGGAGUCUGAGCUUUUCAUUGAGGUGGACUGCUUCAAUGUUGAGCCAGUUUUAUGUCCGGCACCAGAAGGUCUUUCACAGCAGCAGCUGGUGAGGAGGUGUAUAUUAGGGUCUAUUUUGGAAAGUGAAAAGAACUAUCUUGAUGCACUCAAGAGGAUAUUGGAGCAUUAUGAGAAGCCACUGUCCCAGAUUGAGCCCAGACUCCUCAGUGACAGGAAGCUGAAGAUAACCUUCUAUCGCGUGCGCGAGAUCCUGCAGUGCCACUUCCUGUUCCAGAUCGCACUAGCUAGCCGUGUGGCUGAGUGGGACAGUCUGGAGAUGAUCGGGGAUGUCUUUGUGGCCUCGUUUUCAAAGUCCAUGGUGCUGGACGCCUACAGUGAGUACGUGAAUAACUUCAGCACUGCGAUGGCAGUGGUCAGGAAGACGUGCGUCUCCAAACCUGGCUUUCUUGACUUUCUCAAGCAUCGUCAGGAGACCAGCAGUGACCGAAUGACUCUCUAUGGCCUGAUGAUGAAACCUAUUCAGAGAUUCCCACAGUUCAUUUUGCUUCUUCAGGACAUGUUGAAGAACACACCAGUGGGCCAUGCAGACCGUCUGCCCCUACAGAUGGCUUUGACUGAACUGGAAACGCUGGCUGAGAAGCUCAACGAGAAGAAGAGGGAAGCUGACCAGCGCUGCGAGAUCCGUCACAUUGCGAAGGCCAUGAAUGAGCGCUACCUCAAUAAGCUCUUGAGUAACGGCAGCCGAUACCUGAUACGUUCAGACGACAUGGUGGAAACGGUGUACAGUGAGCGUGGUGAAAUCCUCAAAACCAAAGAGCGACGGCUCUUCCUGCUCAACGACGUGCUCAUGUGUGCCACACCCAAUAUCCGAUGUCAGGAUGGCACUGGGAGCGUUGGUGGAAACGCUCCACUCGACCGGAAGUUCCUUCUGAAGUGGAGUGUCCCUUUGAGCUUUGUGGAGGUUCUGGAGUUUGGCUCCAGUGAAGACAUGGUCGACACCAACCGAUACCCAGUCCCUCAUUCUGGGGAGAAGGUCGUAAUCAACGCCAAGCCAAACAAGCUGUACGUGGGCCCGGGUCAGCUGUACCAAGAUCUGCAGAAUCUAAUUCAUGAUCUCAGUUUGGUCAAUCAGAUUUCCAGCAUGAUCUGCAGCCUCAAAGGAAACUAUCAGAAUGUGAAUCCCACCGUGGCGCAGGACUGGGUAUCAGGUCUCCAGAGGCUCAUACUGAAGAAGGAAGAAGAGAUCAGGGCAGCUGACCGGUGUAGGAUCCAACUUCAGCUGCCCGGCAAACAAGACAAGACGGGUAAACCCACAUACUUCAGUGCAGUGUUCAACACACUCAGCCCGGCCAUUAAACAGUCGUGGAUCAGUAACUUGCAGAUGGCUAAACUGGCUCUAGAGGAGGAUAACCUGCAGGGAUGGUUCUUUGCAGAAGAUGAUGGAAAUCAGAUUAAAAAGCAGAAACACCCUCUCUUGCUUCGACAAAUGCCUGUCGUCAUGUCAAAACUGCAGGAUUUCAAGGUGGAAUGUGCUGUUCAUAAUCCAGAACCGCACGUCAACACAGACAGUACAGCUGACUCUCCUGCUGUGGGCCAUGGAUGUGUCUGGGUUGCAAGUUGCACCAACCAGAUGGCUCAGAUAGCGAUAGUGGCAAUGCAGAACUCCAGCCCUAAAGUGACUGAAUGUUUCAACGUGGAGUCUCGGAUCCUCUGCAUGGCGUACGUCCCAGCUGAGCAACUUCAAGUGAAUGGUGAAAACCAUCCCGAGAACAACCAGGUUCCCUCAGCAAAGGCCACUGACACCCCCAGUGUCUGUUUAGGCAUGGAGGAGGGCAGCAUCAUUGUGUAUAAAAGCAGUCAACGGUCCAAGAAGGUACGCCUGCAACAUUUCUUCACCCCCGAUAAGUCCACUGUCACCAGCCUGGUCUACAAGAAGCACUGUCUGUUCGUCGGCCUGGUGAGCGGCUCGGUGGCAGUUUACUGCAGAUCACAAGAUGGUUUGUGGAGCACUGACAAGCCUAAGUUACUGAAGCUGGGAGUCCUCCCUGUCAAGGCCAUGCUGGCUGUGGAGGAGCACCUUUGGGCCACAUCGGGUGGACAAGUCUUUAUCAUCAGCACCCAUACGCACUGCGUGGAGAGGCAGCUGGAGGCCCAUCAGGAAGAGGGCAUGGUGGUGUCGCACAUGGUGGUGGCUGGAGUGGGCAUCUGGAUCGCAUUCAGCUCCGGUUCCACGCUACGCCUUUUCCACACUGAGACCUUGGAGCACCUUCAGGACAUAAACAUCGCCACACCUGUUAACAAUAUUCUACCUGGGAACCAGAGAGUGUCAGUGAGCAGCCUGCUGGUUUGCCACGGUCUGCUGCUGGUGGGGACCAACCUUGGAGUGACUGUGGCUCUUUCUGUCCCCAGACUGCAAGGCAUCCCCAAAGUAACAGGUCGAGGUAUGGUGUCGCUGCACGCACACAACGGACCUGUCAAGUUCCUCACCAUGGCUGCUGCAGUGUGUAACACGCCAUCUGGCCUCCCAUCCUCCACCCCUCCAUCUCUGCCCCCGCCGUCGUCGGAGUCGCAGGAAGCGGAGAGCAACCAGCCUCCUGCAGAUUCAACCCUGACUCCUCAAGGGCGAGGCGUAUGGCUGGGGGAGGCGGGCUGUACCAGCAUGGCCCUGCAGGACUCUCUCUCCUCCUCAUCCUGCGGCUCCCUCGCCCCCUCCCAGGGGUCCCUGGAACACGGGACGGAAGACGGGGCCCUUUAUGACAUGCUUCACGACCCGGCCUAUCACCAGAGGGGCCGGCGCUCCAGCAAGGUGGAUGUCAGCUCUGUGCUGGUGGUGUCCGGAGGGGUGGGGCACCGCCGGGUUAACAAGAAAACCAAACAGUCUCGCCACGAGGACACCACCUCCACCAUCAUGAUCUGGCAGAUCCCACUACUAAACAUGUAACGUCACAUGAGUGGAAAAAAUCAAAUCUGCAUAUAUGAGACUUUUAUAUUUCACUUUCUUUCAUCCUCUGCUUUUUUCCCCAAGUUUAACCAAAAGCUCUACAUACAUUUCUCAAAACAAAGGUUUCAUACUCAAUCAGUAUUAUAAAGUCAAGAUAAAUACUCGUCGUAGGAGAAAUGACCUCCUGUACCGGCAUGUAUUGCAGCAAAGCUGAAGAAAACCUCUCUGACUGAAGACAUUGUUAUUUAUUUACAGAGUUAAAAGAUUUGCAACAUCUUGCUGUAACCACUGAAGGACCUAAGCUUUCUCAAGAAUCUGCUUUGUCCCUUCCUGUAAGCAGCCUUGUUGUUUUAUCUCGAGUCUAGUCGGUUGUCCAAGACAGAAAAAAACAAGUAUAUCAACACUCAGUAUAUGCAAUAUUCCCCAAAUGCUCCUUAGAAAAUAAACAUCCAUGAAACGCAGCUACAAACCAGUCAAAGAUAUACUGUUUAACUGAGGAUGUACUUUGCUUGAAAGUGUCUAAUGUCAUCUUCUGUAACAUAUCUAAUACGUGUCUUUACUUUCCAAUGUUUGUGCCGGACAUUUUGACUGAAUGGCGCGGUUGUAUUUAAAUCAGUGUUGAAAAGAUAUCUGAAUUAAGGAGUUGCUGUCCUGCCCGCGAGGUCUGCAAGGUAACGAUGGAGCUUGGAAACUGUUUGUGUCUUCUGAGAUCAGAGUGAUUAGUAGGUUUUGACCAUCUGUCAGCACCACAAUUGACACUUUAAAGUGCAACGGACACAAGUCAGAGAGUGAAUUUGUCUUAAUGUGGAAUCACUCUGGGACAGCUGAGUCGGUGCUGCAACGAUUCUGUUGACAGAAAUAAGGGAUUGUAGAAGCAAAGAAGUGAAACAGUGACCGAAGCGCGGCUGGGUUAGUUUAAGGAGGUGUAGGAGCAUCCCUGGCUGGCCAGGUCUCUAACGGAGGGAACUUGUAAUCGCAAAGAGAUUUUUUUUGUAACUCUAAUGCAUCUUGUAAGGUUAUUGAAAAAGGAUGAGG